AUGACUACAACUACUACGACCUCACCUACACACCAGUCACAACAACAGCAAUACGGCCAUGAUUUUAGCCACGUCCACCCUGUAGCAGCAGCACCUCCUCUUUCCUACCACGACCAGUCUGCCUACUCGGCAUACGCUGAUCACUAUGAGUACAACCAAACAUCCUCCUCCCACAUGGCCUCUUUUGCGCAGCAGCAGCAGCUUCAUUUCAGCGGCGCCAUUAACUACAAUGAGUGCGACAUGAACCAGUUCAGCGCCCUAAUGGAAGCCACCUCCAUCGACUCACCCUCGACUCUACAGGCAUCAAGCGCCAGCUGGGAGGAGCCGAACUAUGCCGUCAUCCACAACAACCGCGAUCUGGCCAUGACACCCCACCCUAUCGCCACUUCGGCGCCCUACGAGUCGUCGUCGCUGAUCGGUGUGCGAAAGCGCCCGUGGGGCAAGUAUUCUGCCGAGAUUCGGGACUCCACACGCAACGGCGCACGGGUAUGGCUCGGCACAUUUGAUACGCCCCACACCGCCGCCCUCACGUACGAUCAGACUGCCUUCACCCUGCGCGGCAGCGCCACCGUGCUCAACUUCCCCGUCAACCGCGUGGAGGAAUCUCUCAGGCCUUGUUUGGUACUAGUGUUUCAGUGUGGAUUAGUGGGAAUAAUACUCUAG